AUGCAUUUUGAUAUAUCGCUAAUAAUAUUUUUACUAUUUGAAAUUCGUCCAUGUAUUAUGUACAAUAUUUUUCGAUUAAUGUUUAUUAUUAAAUUUAUUUCAUGUGAUUAUGAUGAAAAAAGUUUUAUGUCAUUAAUUGAUUAUAAUCGUGGUAAUUAUUCAAAUUUAAUAUUAUCUUGUCCUCAUGGUGGUUUUCUUGGAACAAAUAUAACGACAUUACAAAAAUUACCAAAUGCUGGAUGUUUUAAUAAUACUCUAGGACGUUGUGUAUAUACUGAACGAGAUUGUCUUCGAUUAGAUAUAAAUGAUACAUUGAUAUAUCAUUUGGAUGCUCGUUGUGUCACUGAAAGAAUAUCAACAUCACAAAUGUUUUAUUUAACAUUGGCUAUUGCCGAUAAAUAUAAAAAUUUAACUAAACAUUAUCCUUAUACGAUUUUAAAUAAAGCAACUCGACAAUAUUUAGAUCCGGCAGAAGAUUUACUUAUGGGUACAUUUUUACUUGAAAGUGCUACUCGUCUUUACAUGGAUUAUCAUAGAUUAAUUGCAAUGUCUAAAGAAAAUAUUAAAUCACAAUAUCGUUAUGGUCUAAUGAUUGAAUUUGUAUUUCAUAAAUAUUCACAGACAAUCUAUCUCGGUUAUGGAUAUGAUUAUAAUGAAUUGAAAUUACGAAAUUUCAAUCUAUCGAAAUCAACGAUUAUGGAAUUAUUAGUCAGAAAAGUAGAUCCAAUAAGUGUUAUUAUUGGUAAUCAAUCACUCGGUCAUUUUUUACAAUUAGCCGGUUUUCAACAUGUUAUCCCAUCAUUAUCAAAACAAUAUUCAGAUGAUUCUAAUGUUAAAUAUCGUCCAUCUACUUAUUCAACAGAAAUACAUAGUUGUAAAACAUUAGGCGGACGAAUUAAUUCCAUACUAUUUUCUUAUCCAAUUGAAAGAUUACGUUCACAUAAUCUAAAUACAGAAGCAUCAUGGAUAGCUCAAGCAAUAUAUAAUUUUAUUAAUGCAAAUGAUAUGAAAUUAUUAUCGUCAAAUGCAUAUUUUAUUCAGUCAAUGAAUUAUUUUCUAUGUUUUUGUAUAUUCACUUUUAUUUUAUUUUCUACAUAA